AUGAGCAUUCUUGAAUUCCUCGUCCGCCCUAAAAAGGGCAAGCUUUCCUAUCAACAUCCUUGUUACAUCCUUCAGCUGCCAGUCGUUACCCUUGUGGAGAUCCUGGCUCUUCUUCCGCCUUAUACGCUACUGCUCGUCUACCAGACUUGUCGCCCCCUACGCAGGAUCAUUUAUGAUUACUUUCUAGCUGGUAGAGGUGAUAUACUGGCCAACGUGACGCCGGAAGAUAGACUACUAUACCUCGCUCACUUCUCCAGGCUUCAACCUGAUCGAUGGGUUUGCGCUAAAUGCUGCAAGCUUCAUAAGAUCCAUGGAGAAGAUACGCCAGAGACCCGCAGCUCCCGUCACCUCAGCUGUAUAGACGGAUUGGACAUCUCCGAGCGGUACGGCCGGUCCAAGUAUUUUGCCUAUGCCCCAAAGCAUAGACACGUCGAGCUUACGCUCAAGUAUACGCGACUGAAGGAUAUAGAAAGAAGCUUCAAGAGCCGUAUUGGACCAUAA